AUGGCGAUUGCUCUAACUUUCCUCCUUGCAUCCUUUCUCACCGCUUCAUCCUUACUAGUUUCCGGCCAAUUCCAGGAUUUCGACAUCACAUGGGGCGACGGCCGCGCCAAGAUCCUCGACGACGCCGACACUCUCACUCUCUCUCUAGAUGCCUAUUCCGGCUCCGGCAUCCAGUCCAAGCACAGCUACUUGUUCGGAAAGUUCGACAUGCAGCUCAAACUCGUUCCCGGAAACUCAGCCGGAACCGUCACAGCUCUUUACUUGUCUUCUGAUGGACCGUAUCACGACGAGAUCGAUUUCGAGUUUCUGGGAAACCUGAGCGGAGAUCCUUACACCGUUCAUACAAAUAUAUACACACAAGGAAAGGGAGAGAGGGAGCAGCAGUUUCGCCUCUGGUUCGACCCCACUGCCGAUUUCCAUACUUACUCAAUCCUCUGGACUCAAGAAACUAUUGUGCUCUCGGUGGAUGAAAUGCCGGUGAGGGAAUUCAAGAACAUGGAGAGGAGGGGAGUUCCGUUUCCAAAGGAGCAGGCGAUGAGGGUGUACUCGAGCAUAUGGAACGGGGAUGAAUGGGCGACGAGAGGAGGGCAGGUGAAGACGGAUUGGAGUCGGGCACCUUUCACGGCGGCGUACAGAGGUUAUAAGGCGGAGGAAGGGUGGAGGGAGGAGAUGUUGGAUCAGUACAGUGAGGAUAAGCUGAGAUGGGUGAAGGAGAAUUACAUGAUAUAUAACUAUUGCAGUGACGGAAACAGGUUUCCACAGGGUUUGCCUCAGGAGUGCCAUGCUUAA